CUCAUUUGAUUUUGAUUGAAUGUCCUAGCUUGCUCGAUCUUGUGCUUUUGCUUUCUUUUGAUCUUUGGCAACAUUCAGGUUUGCUGGGCUCAUAAAUAUCAAUCAAUUGAGAAUUGACCAUUCUGUGUUCUGAAUUAGAUGGCAUUUUCGUUUGGUCGGGGAGGUCCUGAUAGGAUGGUUGAUCUAUCUGGCAUCCGGUUAAAGGAGCACUGUUGGAAAAAGGUGUGAGAAUUGUGUCCAUGAUUCAUGGCCUUUGAACACUGCAUUUCCCAGGAAUGGAAAAGCAUUCCAAGUUCCAUGAUGACAGAGACUGGAAACUACAACGGAUGUUUUAAUUGCAACAUCUGCUUUGACUUUGCUCUUGAACCUGUGGUCACCCUCUGUGGCCACCUCUAUUGCUGGCCUUGCAUCUACAAGUGGCUUCAUGUCCAAAGUGCUUCUAUGGCAUCUGAUGAACACCCACAAUGCCCAGUUUGCAGGGCUGAUAUAUGCCCCACCACCUUGGUCCCCCUGUAUGGCCGGGGUGAAACCCCGGUUCCUUCCGAGCACGACACAAAGGCAUCAUGUCACGAUAUUUUUAUACCACCAAGACCGCGAGCAUUUGGCGCUCAAGCUCUGAUGUCAGCAUCAUCAUCUCAACGUGGUCAUCAUCAGCAUCUUCCUUAUCAUUAUCCUCAUCAAAGUCACCAACAUUUCAGUUCUCCUCGGUACCAAAGGGAAGGGGAUGCCUCAUCACAAGUGUUCAAUCUCAGUACCACUCUUACACCUCAAGGAUUUUACCACCCUGUGGCUGAGAUGGUUUAUGCCAGAGUGUUUGGCAACCCGGAAAAUUUAUACGCUUACCCGGAUGCUUAUCAGCAGAUGGGCAGUAACAGCCCGAGACUGAGAAGGCAGGUGAUGCAAGCAGAUAAGUCAUUGAACAGAAUCUCAAUCUUCCUCUUCUGCUGUUUUGUUCUCUGUCUCAUCGUCUUUUGAGCACCCUGGUUGAGAUUAUUUUGGAGUUUCUAAUGUAUAUUUUGUAAAG